ACAAAGAACUUGUUACUUGUCCAUAGUAAAUUUUCCCAAAAUGAGAGGCUUCCCAAGCCAACCCUCAUUUCUUUACUGCAGAUAAUUACAUCAUCUUCAUGGGAAUUCAGUAGCUACCAAGAAUUAACCAACAGUGAAAUGCGUUAUUCAUAGUUGGUGAACUGUAGUAUCUCUUUUUGUGGAGUUCAUCUUGAGCUUUUUCUAUGCUUGAGGCGUUCCUGAGCAGCUUCAACUGUUGAAACGAGAUGGGUGUUUUGAAGCAUAAUCCUGUAAAUGAUAAACUUGUGUUGAGAUUGCUUGAUAGACGGUGGGCUUUGAACAGCCCGGAUGCGAAAAUUAACCAGAUAAUGAUUUUGAAUCCAAAGGAAGAUGGGUUAAAUGGGGAUGUUACGUUUCGCAAUAUCACCCAACCAUGCCUUGAUGAAGGCAUAAUGAAGAAGAACCAAUCUUUUCCAUCUUUCUAUGUGGUUAGGGAUGACUUGUUGCAUCCUUUGGUGAAUGGUAACAAGGCGAGGAAAUUGGACGCUCUGCUUCCCCUCCUUGAGGAUUAUGACGCGACUGAUGUGGUUACAUGUGGGGGCUGCCAAAGUGCGCACACUGCAGCUGUUGCUGUGUCAUGUGCAGAGAGAGGAUUGAGGCCACACUUACUUCUUCGAGGAGAAGCGCCUGAGACUCUAACUGGCUACAAUCUUGUUUCUACAUUAUAUGGAAAUGUGGUUUAUGUUCCAAGAUCUUUAUAUGCCAAAAGAAAAGAAAUGCUCACGAGGCAUGCUGAGUCAGUGGCAGGCCGUGAUGGAUCCGUUAUAUGGCUUGAUGAUAUAUUGGGGGCUUCGUCCAGAAAUCAUUCAUCUGGGAAACAGAACUUCUCCAAAGCAGAUCCUGUCAAAUGUCCUGAAAAAUCAAGAAAAGUUGUCGUUAUAAACGAAGGUGCAGGAGAUUCAGUUGCAUUACUAGGCGUCGUGCGUUUGAUACAAUACUUGUCCCAAAACCACUUGUUUGGAAAAGAUCAGGCACUAAAUAUUGUUGUGGAUGCUGGCACUGGGACAACAGCUGUUGGUUUGGCUCUUGGAGCUUUAUGUUUAGGACUUCCAUGGGAGGUAACGGCAGUGAUGCUGGCUGACAAAAUCAAUGCCUACAAAGAAAAGGAGCAAAAUUUGAUAUCUGAAUAUCUUAGAAGUUUUAUGUCUUCUGCUGACGGCCUAGACCCAAGCAUAGUCAAUGCCGAAAUUGUGCAAUGGGUCGAGCGCAGCUUACCUAGAAAGUUCGGGAAUAUUUUGAAAGGCGAAGUUCAAGAAUGCCAAAAAAUAGCCAGGCAAACUGGUAUUCUUGUGGAUCCGAUAUACACUUUGGCUGCUUGGGAUAUUGCAACAAAACUCAGCCAAAACAUGUUAGAAGAUAGGAAAGUGGUGAUGCUUCACACGGGAGGAACGCUGGGGAUGUUCGGCCUAGCCCAGCGCUACAGGUCUUACUUCAAGAUACCUGACGAAGAUUUCAGGUAAACUGCUGAACGGCAACCGAAUCUUGUGUCUUUUGGUUCAAUCCCUAUUCAGAUUCGGAGGGUAAGCUUCUAUGGAUGAAUGCUUCCGGUGGAGAGGUUGCCCAGUUAGGAUCAUCGUAAUGGCAAGCUAUGAUGGAAUUCUCACUCAAUCAAGUCAGAUUUAUGCUCAACUAGAUGAUGACAAUUUGUACUUUCACAUACCUUCAAAAUUUUCGAAUGCUUUUACAUACGAGCACAAGCUA